AAUGUUGCUACACUAUUAUCCAGGCCCUCUCUGUCGGACCAAUCCAAUAUGGCGGCCCGAGCGUUGUCUUGUUUAUGGAAGGAAUAUAGUCGCAUUUUAAUCCGCGAAAAAGCGCUCUCAUCAGUCAACUGUGCUCGAAAUGCUAGCAAAAAAGCCGCAGGCAGUACCAAGAACCAGGGCAAGAACAAGAAGGGGAAGCACCUCGGUAUAAAGAGACGAGAGGGUGAGGAUGUCAUUCCCGGCACUAUUCUCGUUCGGCAAAGGGGGUACAAGUAUCACCCAGGUGUAAACGUCGGAGUUGGCCGUGACCACACCCUGUUUGCACUUAGCGAAGGAAUGGUCCAAUUCAAGAGGGAACUCUUGGACCCUUAUCCUUGGGGGCUGGGCCGCAAGGGCCCUCUCCAUGAGCGCAAAUUUGUGCAUGUGCUUGAAAAAGACCCAAAAGGCAGCCCUGACCUUGUGUUAGUUCGACAUCCACUUGAUACUAUGAAAUCUGCAUCAAGUUAUUCUUGAGAAAGCUGUUAAUAUUCAAAAAGAGACUGUAAAAUAUGAAUCAAAUUCUUCUCAACAAAAUUUAAGAAAACUUUUGUUUAUAGAUGUGAAAGAUUAGAAGAAUCUGGUGAAGUUCUACUGAUAAGUUCUUGCAUAAAUUAAUAAAGGAAAUCCACAUAUUGCUCA